UUUUAAAGCUUGCCUUAAACAAACCUCGUAUUGACCAAGACAUGUUCUUUGAAAAUUAUAACAUAUAUCUCGUAAAGCUUGUUCUAGACUGUGGAAUAACGGGAUAGUCUAGUCUACAUGGGCAUAGAUCUAUAUUUACUAAUUGGAUAUUUACCAGCAAAACAUGGACGUGUGUGUAUCUUUGGAACUCCAAGUUUAAGUUUUAUACUUGAUUAAUUAUAGGUUUAUGUUGUAUUCACUUUGUAAGGGAAAUCCUAGCUGAGCUCGAUUAAUAAGUAACACUAACAUUUUAUAGGCUUACAUUUUAUAUGUGAAUUGAAAGAUGAGUUGUUAGUUUUAGUAGAACAAGUGCAUUGUUAGCGUGUUGAUAGUGACACAGUGAAAGAAUUAAGUAAUUACAUUAGUCUGACAAAGAGUUUGGUUUAGAUAGAGAGAGAGAAUGAGUCUGUUACGUACGUUUCCAGGGAGAGAUCUGGUUAGUUUUCUGAUACUCAAUCUACUCAGUAACAGUCAAGGGAGCACACUGAAUGUUGAUACAUUGAUUCAAAGUAUCAACACUGACAACACAAAUACAACAGUGUCAGUCGGAGAGGUGGACAAUUUCUUUGGAACUUUCUGGAGUGGUCCAAACGUGACGCGAUGUGGCUUCGUGGACAGACUGGUCAGCAUGUACAGCGGCGAUCCCUCACGUCUGUCUGUCCUGUUUGACGCCUUGCAGUCCACGGAUGGUCAGUGGUUAGGUGCUUCCGAAUGGAGGGCAGCUUGGAUGGGAUCGGAACCUUUUGUGAGUGUUUCUACUGCUAAAAACAACUGGAUGAAGGUGGAAGACACUGCAGAGCGAGCUCUAACCAGACCGUAUGAACAUACAGACAGAAUCCUGUGGUAUAAAUACACUGACCUAGAACUCCAAAGACUGGCCAACAGGUUCGACAAUAAUAGCGACGGGAAGAUAUCACGAUACGAGGUUACCAUGGCGAUGAGAACCAUGGAUGACCACAAUGACUCUGGCGUCCGGAAGUGUAACUUUGUCGAUACCAUGACGUCAUACAAGCAGCACGGCGCCGCCGCUGUGAACUUCUACGAUUAUAUUUUCAACCAGCGUGACCUCACCUGGGCGGAUGUGGAUUCCGACUUUUUCUUAAAGACAGCAGACGACAAUGGUGAUGGUACAGUGACUCGGCAAGAACUGGUUCGCUUCUUCACCCUGCAAAAUCUCAAAGCCUCUGGAUUGAGUGUUCAAGCCGAGACUCUUGACUUCACAGGCAACAAUCGAUCACAUCGGAUGAUUGGUGGAUUCGUGAUUGUGUUGAUUGUAGCGCUCCAGUCUGGAUUGAGGAUACUGUAAUACUGAAAAAAUCCAUUUUAUGUAGACCUAUGUUGUGCCCUUAAUGGAAAACUAAGAAAUAAAACGUCAUAUUUAUUUUUAGAUUUGGACUCGAAAGAAAAAACAUUCUUUGUUGGGUGGGUGUUGGAUGGUUCAGAGAGAGAGAGAGAGAAGGAAAUUAGGUUUGUUGAUGUUCUAUAUAUGAUGUGAUAAUUGUGGUAUUUGUGAUGCGAUG